GCAUCACUAUAUACCUACCCAAUCAAGCCUCUUCAUUUCCACACCCUGCCAAAAAGAAGUCAAAAAAAAUGUCCCUUAACACUUUCCUCCUGUGUCUCCUCCUCCUCUUCUCCUUUUCCGUCAUCGCCCUUUCUGAUGAAGACUGUGUGUACACACUCUACAUAAGAACAGGGUCCAUCAUCAAAGGUGGCACGGACUCGAUCAUAAGCGUGAGGUUCUACGACAAGUAUGGUGACUACGUGGGGAUCUCCAAUAUUGAAGCAUGGGGAGGGUUGAUGGAGCCUGGUCACGACUACUUCGAGAGGGGUGAUUUGGACAUUUUCAGCGGGAGAGCGCCGUGCUUGAGUUCACCGGUGUGUGCCCUGAACUUGACCUCUGAUGGGACAGGGUCAGGUCAUGGGUGGUAUGUUAACUACGUGGAGGUGACUAAAACGGGAGUCCAUGCUACUUGUUCACAGAUGAAAUUUACUAUUGAGCAGUGGCUGGCUCUUGAUACUUCGCCUUAUGAGUUAACUGCUAUUAGGAAUUAUUGUGAUUAUCAUGCGGAUGAUCGAGCUAAAACAUCUGCUGGUUUAAGUUCUUCUUAGUUUUUUUUUUAAUUAUUAUUAUUGUUGUUGUUGUUAUUAUUAUGAUAUAUUGCUAUUAAGAGAUGUCUGUUAGUUUGUAUGUGGAAUUGGAUCAAAAUUUCCUAUGAUGAUAAAAAUGUUGUUACAAUGUUGGCAUCUGGCAUUUGCCGAUGUUUACUAGAUAAUUGGAUUUGAAUUUGAUAA